AUGGUUUUAGUUCAAGAUUUAUUACACCCAAAUCCAGCAUCUGAAUUACAAGCACACAAGAAAAAACAAUUAGUUCAAUCUCCAAGAUCAUACUUCAUGGAUGUUAAAUGUCAAGGUUGUUUAACUAUCACCACUGUUUUUUCACACGCUCAAACUGCUGUCACUUGUGAUAACUGUUCAACUGUUUUAUGUACCCCAACCGGUGGUAAAACCAAAUUAACUGAAGGUUGUUCUUUCAGAAAAAAGUAA